UUUCCUCUCUCACGUCACGCUGUCUUUUCUUUCUCCGUGAAAGUAACUGUCGGGAAAGACAAGCGCCGUCCCCAUUCAAGCCGUCGCUCUCGGAGCACGAGGGACAUAAGGCAGCACCACCCUCGUCGUCUCCUUCUUCUUCUCCUUCUUCUUCUUCUUCUUACUCCCCCUGGCGAUCCCGAGGCGGCCAGCCAUUGUCUCCUGGUUCGAGAGAUCUCGGAAGGAGGAAGCGCCCUUUUGGUCCUGAUAGCCAAAGCAAGAGCCCGAGGAGGUGCUCCUGGCUUGUUAGGCUUGGAGAAGUCUCUGAUGAUUGAUUAGGGUGGGUUGGGAGGAUAAAGCUAGAAAUGGAAAGCAAUAAGAAACGAACUCCAAAUAGCAGUCAAAAAAAGCGCUCCGAAAGAAAUGAUAAGAAAAACCAAAAGCCACGUCAGGAGAAUGGCGUGAAGGGUUCGAAUGCCAGACGAACAGACUCUAAAGCUUCAACUGGUAGACCAGGUGAUUCCAGGGCAGGUCCUGAGCCUGCUGAAGUUUAUGAAAACGUGGUUAUACACUAUGUAGAUGAUGCCAGCAGGAUUGAGGAUGCAAAUGGUAAUGCACAAAUUCCAGUGUUGCCUGAUGAACAAAACAAGGAUGAAACCUCGGAUGACCAUUCUAGUGAUCUGGAGAAGGAAUCUUGCCAGGGAAAGGAAGAAGGAUCAGACGCUGAGACUGUUAAAGAUUCUGUAUCAUCUCAAGGAGAUUCUGUGACCACUGAGGAGGAAAGAUCUUCAUGGAAAGUCGACAAAAGAAAAAACAAGACAAGCACCACAGAGAGCUCACCUCAUGAAUCAAGAACGAAAAUUGACCAUGAAAACAAUAAAUCACAGUCCAAAGCAUUGCAGAGUACCAAUGGGAAAUCUACAAUGUCCAGGAAGGAGACUUCUGGAGUUUUUACCAAAAGUUUAUGUAACGGUGACCCUGGGCAUAGAGAUUUUCCUACUAAACCUUCAUCAGAAUCUUCUGAAGGAGCAGAUGACAAAAGUACUGAAGAGAUCAAGGAAGUUGAUAUAUUAGAUGAAGCCUCAAAUGUCACUCAAAGUGUUGGAAGUGAUGGUGAUGCUUCUGAUGCUGGAGAAAAUGAGCGGAAGGAUCAGGCUGCUUUGGAACAAAAGAUCGAAGAAAUGGAGAUGAGAAUUGAGAAACUUGAAGAGGAAUUGAGAGAAGCUGCUGCCCUCGAAAUCUCACUCUAUUCUGUGGCACCCGAGCAUGGGAGUUCUGCACAUAAAGUUCACACGCCUGCUCGACGUCUUUCUAGACUCUACAUUCAUGCUUGUAAGCAUUGGACUCAAGACAAGCGGGCCACUAUAGCUAAAAACAUCGUCUCAGGGCUUGUCUUGAUUGCAAAGUCCUGCAGUAAUGAUGUCCCAAGGUUAACCUUCUGGUUGUCCAACGCCGUUGUGCUGAGGGAAAUCGUUUCUCAAGCAUUUGGCAGUUCACAUAACUCAAGCCCUUUUACAAGGUUUGCUGAGUCAAAUGGGAGUGACAAGAAAAGUGAAGCCAAGUCUAUGACGUUGAAAUGGAAGGGCAAUUCUAACUUCAAGCAAACAACUGGCUCUAUGCAGUUUCUAGAGGACUGGCAGGAAACAGGAACCUUCACGGGUGCUUUAGAGAAAGUUGAGAUGUGGAUUUUCUCCCGGAUAGUUGAGUCCAUUUGGUGGCAGGCUUUCACUCCACACAUGCAAACACCCGUUCAGGAUUCAUUUUCCAACAAAAGCGCGGGGAAGUUGCUGGGACCAGCAUUGGGUGAUCAGCAGCAGGGGAAUUUCUCUAUUAACUUGUGGACAAAUGCUUUUCAAGACGCUUUUCGACAGAUGUGUCCUGUUAGAGCAGCAAGACAUGAGUGUGGUUGCUUGCCUGUAUUGGCAAAGAUGGUAAUGGAACAAUGUGUUGCCAGAUUAGAUGUGGCAAUGUUCAAUGCCAUUCUUCGUGAAUCAGCUUUUGAGAUACCAACAGAUCCAGUCUCUGAUCCAAUUGUCGAUUCCAGGGUACUGCCUAUACCAGCAGGACACUUGAGUUUCGGAUCUGGAGCUCAGCUUAAAAAUUCAGUUGGCAAUUGGUCUAGAUGGCUAAGUGACAUGUUUGGCAUGGAUAAUGACAACCCUGCUGAAGAGGAUCAGCACAAUAACAAGGAGGAAUUUCAGCAGGGUGGUGAUAGUGAACUUAAGUCCUUCCUUCUUCUUAAUGAGCUGAGUGAACUUCUAAUGCUCCCAAAAGACUUGAUUUUAGAUCGAUCAAUCAGAAAGGAGGUGUGUCCGACGAUUAGUCUAGCUCUGGUCAAACGGGUGCUCUGCAACUUUACUCCAGAUGAGUUUUGUCCAGAUUCUGUUCCAGGAGCUGUAUUGGAGGCACUGAAUGCCGAAAGUAUUGUGGAGCGGCGAAUUUCUGGAGAAACUGUGAGAAACUUUCCUUAUACAGCUGCUCCUGUUACGUACUGCCCGCCUUCCUCUCUUGAUGUGGCAGAGAAAGUUGCAGAGGCAGGAGUCCGUUUUCAGUUGUCAAGGAACGUGUCUGCAGUGCAGAGAAAAGGGUACACAAGCGACGAAGAACUUGAAGACCUGGAAUCUCCUCUCGUGUCUAUAAUGGAUAAUAUGUAUUCAUCUCCGACUACCGUUAGUAAUGGAAAUGGAAAUGGGAAACUAGUGGAGCGUCCUGGUUACUCUUUGAUGAACGCAAGAUAUGAACUCCUUCGAGAGGUCUGGUCCGAGUGACCUAGGGUUCAUGUAUAUUCCGAUUCCCUGUCAAAUGUAAAGGUGCAUAAGAUAAAGUUUUAUAUCCAUGAAAACGUAGAGAGUGGAGGAGAUGAAAAGUGAAAGCUUUUCAUGAGCUAUCUGAUACAACAGAUUUCUUGUAUAUUUGCCGCAACUUGUGAGUUUUACACAGUUCAAGAUUUCUUUCAUUUUGUUUGUCUGUUUCCAUUUGCUAUCCAAGGUAUCCUUGCUUCAAAAAGAAGUUGUACAGCUGAAAUAAAGUCAACCGGCAUAAAUUGCAUGAGAUUGCUAUUCGCUA